AUGUAUCGACUUCUCCCACUCGUUUGGGUUCGAGCCCGACUGGAUAAUUACUCGAGCAAAAGGACAAUACUGAAAAAUAAUACAAGCCGCCACUUACACUGCCACUGCUCACUGCCACUGCUCACUGCCACUUACAACGAGAAAUCUAACUUAACGCGUUUUAAAUACGAGCUCACUUGGACGGAAAAGAUCGACGAAGAAAAGCCGAUCCCUACAAUGAGAAAAGUGCUCUUUCAACCGGCAGUCUCGACGAUGCCAUUUCGUCGGCCACUUCCACGAUUUCAACUCAUUCGAUGCUUUGCGUUAAAAACGGUG